AUGAACUCCUACCCGGGUUACCACUACCCUCCCAAGCAGCGAUCCAGUAUACGCGGAAACCACCAUGAUCCUCUUUCCAGACACCCGAGCGAUAGGUCCUCUAUAGUGUACGCACUCGUGUCUCUGGCCUCCAUCUAUUUCCUACUCUAUACCUUUGGUCUCUCGCCCUUCACGGUCCCUCGGUUCUUCUGGAAGAUAAUCGUCUAUCUCACCCCGUCACGACUUGUUGCAGCACUAGAUAAGGAAAGAGCGCAGAAUACUUCGACUGCCGGAGAGACAGCUUCGUCCGGGUACAGGAGCUUGCGUGAGAAGAGCGAGGCAAUGCAGAGAAUAAUUGGCUGCGGCGCAAACUCCAUCCUCCCCGCGUUUCCUCGAUCAAGGGCGUAUUCAAGCCUGAGCAGCGUACUGCUAGGCUCGAACGAGGUUCACCCGCCGGGACUUGGGAACUGGGACAACUCCUGCUAUCAAAACUCCAUAAUACAGGGCCUCGCCUCCCUCCGUUCGCUCCGGGAAUUCUUAGGGUCAAACAUACAAAACCUGGGGCACCGCCAUUUCCUCUCUACACAUAUCGCACUGAGGGUGAUCAUCGACAAGCUUAAUGAUCCCGAAAAUGCUGGACAGAAGCUAUGGUUACCUGCGGAGCUCAAGUCUAUGUGCAGCUGGCAGCAGCAGGAUGCGCAGGAAUAUUUUUCCAUAAUAGCGGACCAAAUAGAUAAGGAGAUACACGAGGCCUCUAAAGGAGUUACUAGUGACAUGGGUCUCAAGCUGAUCCCGCAGCCCAGUCUCCGCCGUGAAGUCACUCCUUCAACUCCACCAGAGACCAGCGAGGAAAAACAGGCUACAAGUGAGCCGGAUACUGAUAGAAAUAGCCUGCCUUAUUGCAGUCCGCUGGAAGGAUCACUAGCCCAGAGGGUGGGGUGCAUGGAAUGUGGCUGGACCGAAGGUCUCUCACUUAUCCCGUUUAACUGUCUUACAGUUACCCUGGGUAAGAAUUGGGAAUACGAUAUUAGGGAGUGCCUUGACGAAUACACCAGUCUAGAAUCCAUCGAGGGCGUAGAAUGCGCCAAAUGUACGUUACAGCGGACCCAGACCCAGCUUGAACAGUUGCUCGUCAAACUAGACCCAGUUGAAGAGUCCACAGAUGAAACAGACUCAACCAAGCUCAAUGAAGCCUUGAGGAGAAACGCUGAAGCUAGGCUGAGCGCAGUUCAAGAAUCGCUCCAGGCUGAAGAUUUCAGCGAAAAGACGUUGAAGGAAAAAUGCCACAUUUCCCCUCGCAAUCAUGUCGCGUCUACCAAAUCGAAGCAAGCAGUGAUUGCAAGACCACCGAAAUCUUUGAUCAUUCAUGUUAAUCGCAGUGUUUUUGAUGAGGUGACGGGAGCACUAAGGAAAAACUAUGCUGAUGUGAGGUUUCCGAAAUCCUUGGAUCUGGAUGAGUGGUGCUUAGGCACUAUGCCAACGGGAGAUUCGAAGGAUACCAUUGAGACAUGGGGUGUAGACCCGUCCGAAUCAAUGCUUCCUCGCCCAGAGAGCGAAAUAAACAGCCUUAACAGAAGAUAUGAGCUACAAGCCGCCAUUACACAUUACGGACGCCAUGAAAAUGGCCAUUACAUCUGCUAUCGGAAAUAUUCUGUGGAUGCAUUCCCCAUAGAAGUUCCCCAGGCCGUUCUUGAAGCUGACGGAGGCAAGGAGAAGAAAGAGCAUUGGUUCAGAUUGAGCGACGAGGAUGUCAGCCUGGUCAGCGAGCGAAGUGUGCUAGCUCAAGGCGGAGUAUUCAUGCUCUACUACGAACUAAUAGAUCCAUUGCCAGCAGUUACUGGUGCAAUCAGCCAGGCCCAGCUCAGUGUUGCCCCAUUCGCUGAAAAUGGAAUUCCACUCGAAGAGAUACAGCACAAUUCAGAUGGGGCUACUAAGAUAGUCAGGAACGCCGACAAUGCGCCAAAUGCGCAAGCGGAGGGCCCGGUUUGGUCAAAGAGGCCUAAUACGGAUUCCAUGUCGUCUCAUACCUCGAGCUCUUCUGAAGACACUAACCCAUCUUCUGCCAACGAAGAACCGUCAAUCGCGAGCAGUGCUCAGCAGUUAGCCUCCGCCAUGAGAACAGCGAAUCCUCAGAAUCAGAACCAGAACCUUGACCCACACGAGAAUCCAAAUACCUCGUCCAUGUCUCCGUUAAUCAGAGCACUAUAG